CAGGAUAUACCGGCAAUAUUAAACCACAGCACUGCUGCUGUUUUCACACGGCUGUGCCACCACCAACAAGCGACCAUUUUUUUUUUAUUUUCGGUUAAAUCAUCCCCAUUUCGGCAUAAUUUUUAUUUUCAAUGAAAAUUUAUAAAUUCCCUCACUUUAUCGGCCCCAAUUGAAAAUUUUCACUCAAAAAACAGUAAUCCACCUCCUCCAUCAAUUGAUGGGCAAAAGAGAAAGAAGAAAAAGAAAGAUAAUAAAAAGGAGAAUUUGACGUUUAGUUGGAGCUGGAAAAUUGUCAAAUUGUUUUACACUCUCCGCCGACGCCGCUCGAAACCGCCGACGCCCCGACAGUGAACACGCACGCGUGAAUGUAGGUGACGCGCGUAUACCCAAAAUCUAGGAAAAGACCGAUUUUUUCUGGCUCGAGUAUUUUUUUUCACCACACACCCAACCCCCCAUUUAUAUACCACCCGUUAUAUGCCACAUCAGUAUCACACGGAAUUAAGUACGCGUCGUGUGGGCGGCUUUCGCAGCCACCAAACGCUCAUUUCGCUUUCGCUUUCGCUUUCAGUCUCGGACAUUCUUUCAAAAUUCAACCAACCAAAUUUUCAACUGAUCAACUGCUGUGUUUAUAAUUUUCAUUUCGUUUAUUUGAGUACAACCCAGUGCCAAACAUUAAAAUAGUGAAGUUAAAUGAUCACUGCCAAUCUGUGAAAAGAGAAGAGUUAUUAAGGGGAAAAGGAAAAAAAGGAAAAGUUUGAGGAGGGGCGAAGAAGAAGAAGAAGAAGAAGUAGAAGAAGUAGAAGAAGUAGAAGAAGAAGAGGAGGAGGAAGAAAGUGGGAGUAAGGAAAGACUAGACAUUGUAGUAAUAACUGACGCCGGUUGGUAAAGGCUAAAGCUGGUUGAACCCGCGUAAGGAGUGUGUUGCCCCAGUGAGGAGUGUGUUGUUGUACCCGUGACAAACCCAUCCCCCCUGUUAUUAUUAUCUUUUAUUUUUUAUCCCAGUUUGCUUUAUUAUAUUUAUUAACCUAUACACAGAGUUUUUAUGGUAAUUUAAUUAAUGAAUUCAAUGAUAUAAUAAGUUUUCCUUUCGGCUGUUUCCGUCAAAGAAAAAUUAAGUGUUAACGGACGAAUAUUGGAGGAAGGAUUUAAAGUGUGUGCCAGUGUUUGAGUCUACCUCAGUCGUUGAGCAUUAUUGCUGAGCGACAGAAAUAUUUGAGCUCCUUUGAUAUUUAUUAAGGAUAUUACGGUUUAAGCAACAGAGAUUUAUAUAUAGAUAUUAUAUAUAGAGGGGAGAUAUUAUUUAUCGUGAAGAAAGUGUGAAAGGCCAGUGAUUUUUUCAUUUCGCACGUUGGAGAACACUUGUUCGCUGAGUAUCAUUGAUUUUUGAGAUUUUGUGGUGAAAAAUGUCGUUGGAUAAAUUCGCUGAGGGUGGCAUGCUCCAAAAGGAGAUGGAACGACUGGAUAUUGAGGAUAAAAAUGGAGACGCUGCAAGCAGCGGCUCCGGUGGAAAAGUACUCGUCAGCAACCUGCCGGUCCACGCAAAAUUCGAAGACGUUGAGCUCCUGUUCACUACGUACGGACAGGUGCUAAAUGUCGAAAAAGUAGCCUCAAGAGAUCCAAACACCCAGACAGUACUUGUUAGCUAUGAAACACAAGAGCUAGCACAGCAGGUUGUGAAUCAGUUGAAUGGCUACGAGUACGACGGUAUUCCAUUAAAAGUGGAAAUGUCGAGUGCUGAGAGUCGACGUAGGGCACGCAGUCAGCGUGCUGGAGUUGGUGCAUUUUCUGGUAUACCCGGUUCUGGUCGUCAAACUGAUUUUCCACUUCGCAUUCUCGUACAAUCGGACAUGGUUGGUGCUAUUAUUGGUCGUCAGGGAUCAACCAUACGUCAAAUAACCCAAAUGACACGUGCCAGAGUCGAUGUACAUCGCAAAGAUAAUGUUGGAUCACUUGAGAAGGCUAUAACUAUCUAUGGUAAUCCAGAGAAUUGUACCAAUGCUUGUAAGAAGAUACUGGAAGUCAUGCAACAGGAAGCUAAUAAUACCAAUAAAGGGGAGAUCACAUUGAAAAUUCUUGCACAUAAUAAUCUCAUCGGUCGCAUAAUUGGCAAAGGUGGUAAUACGAUUAAGAGAAUAAUGAUGGACACUGAUUCAAAGAUCACCGUCAGCAGUAUAAACGACAUCAAUAGCUUCAAUCUCGAACGCAUUAUCACUGUCAAGGGCACAAUCGAUAACAUGAGCAAAGCAGAGUCUAUGAUCUCUAGCAAACUUCGUCAGAGUUAUGAAAAUGAUCUUCAGGCAAUGGCUCCACAAAGUAUGAUGUUCCCUGGUCUCCACCCAAUGGCAAUGAUGUCAACAGCAGGUAUGGGCUACAGUUCACGUGGACCAGGUCUCUAUGGCUCAGGGCCAGCCCCCUAUCCUUAUCAAGGUAGUCUACCAACGCAACAAGGUGGUGUACCAGCAGCAGACACCCAAGAAACCACUUUUCUGUACAUUCCCAAUAACAGUGUAGGGGCAAUAAUUGGUACCAAGGGUUCACACAUCAGGAAUAUCAUAAGAUUCUCCGGUGCUAGUGUUAAAAUAGCCCCACUUGAGCAAGAGAAACCUGCCGAUCAGCAGACUGAGAGAAAAGUCACCAUUAUUGGAUCGCCAGAGUCUCAGUGGAAGGCGCAGUACCUGAUAUUCGAGAAGAUGAGAGAAGAGGGCUUUGUGGCAGGCACCGAAGACGUUAGACUGACGGUUGAGAUUCUUGUACCGAGUGCUCAAGUUGGUCGCAUUAUUGGUAAAGGGGGUCAGAAUGUGAGAGAACUCCAGCGUGUUACCGGGAGUGUUAUCAAGCUCUCCGAGCAACAGUCAACACCCCCAACAGCUGAUGAGGAAACUACCGUUCAUAUUAUAGGACCCUUCUUCUCUGUUCAGUCGGCGCAGCGAAGAAUUCGAGCGAUGGUGCUGCAAUCAGGUGCCCCCGGUAGUACCACCGGUAUUCCUGGCUCACGCGCUGGACGCGGUGCAAGCCAAGAGGGUGGUCCACGCACACGGAGAGACGGUAGCACAGCAUCCCAGCAGGGUGGCUCGGUGCCUCCCCAAUCCCAUCCGCCACAGCAGCAACAGCAACAGCAACAGCAACAGUCACAACAACAGCAACACUCCCCAUCACAAACUCAACAGAGCUCAUCGCCGCAGAGUCAAUCUCAGCCGCCGCAGCAGUAACGUUCUUCAUAACAACACAAAAAUUAAGCCAACAACUAAUUUAAAUACAAACAAACUCAAUUUACUAUGAUACGGUGAAGAAACAACAACUGACGCCAAGCAACGCCUCAACAGCAGCUUUUUUUUUAUUUUUAUCGUUCGAUUUUUUUUUUCUUUUUCGUUUCGAACGCUCGCAGAUGGUUGUUUCUUAGGUCAGGAACAGAUUAAAAGUGGGAAUUACCUUCUGUUGGCAAUUGGCAAGUGUUUCCUACCAUGAAAAACAAACCAGACAAAUGGAAGACGAGUUUUUGUAAAUUCUAGUGCCGCUCAAUGAUUGAUUACAGCUUUGGGCUUGGGAUACCAUUAUUCCUUCUGGCUUAACUAAAUAAAAUAAAAACUUUUCAUCUCAAGCCCUCUGAUCAACUUGAUUUGAACAACAACUGAUCAUCAUAUUGAGAAAAUAACCCGAAUUAUGACUCUGAACGUAUAAAAAUUCGGCAAGUGCAUCACUAGAAUUUCCAAUAUCUUUGAAAUUUCUGAGGAAAUUCACUGGUCAAGAAUUCUUAACCGUCUCAACCCAUUGUUUCAUCUCUUCCUUUCCAUUUUCAAGAAUUAAUCAAUAAAUUGUGAGUUUGUAGUUCAAUCGGUGAAAGCUCACUGAUUAAUAUAAAUAAAAACAAACGCUAUUCCAUCAGAUUCGAAGCGUUGAUGAUAAAUGAGAAAAAAAGUAUUUAAAAAAAAAAUGAAAAAAAAAAAGAAGAUAAUGAAGAAACUACGGAAAACA